GCUGUAGGGCUGAGUAUGGGCGUGUAUAUAUAAGAAGACAUACACACAGUCACAGACUCACAAACAAAGCGCAGCAUUUUAGAAUAUAAUUAUAUCGGACACACCGAGAAAGGAGAAACUCGGAGUCGGAGACUGCGAUCCACCCCUUCCGCCGCCGUCGUAGUCUCUCUAUCCUCUCUACGUACAUUUCCGAUGGCCUCUUCCGAUCGACAAUCUCUCAUUCCCAGCUUUCUUUACAACUCAUCUAAAACUUUACUACUCCAGAACCUCACUACCUCAUCGCCGGUGAACAAGAGCUUGAUGAUCCAAUCGCCGAAUGAGCCUGCCGGAAAGAUCCAGAUGUACUCGCCGGAGUUUUAUGCGGCGUGUACUGCGGGUGGUAUUCUCAGUUGUGGUUUGACUCAUAUGGCUGUUACUCCUCUUGAUCUUGUCAAAUGUAAUAUGCAGAUUGACCCUGCGAAGUACAAGAGUAUCUCAUCUGGUUUUGGAGUGCUACUUAAGGAGCAGGGCGUUAAGGGUUUCUUCAGGGGAUGGGUUCCGACGCUUCUUGGAUACAGUGCUCAGGGUGCCUGCAAGUUUGGUUUCUAUGAAUUCUUCAAAAAGUACUACUCUGAUAUUGCAGGCCCAGAGUAUGCAACCAAAUACAAAACACUUAUCUACCUUGCUGGAUCUGCUUCUGCUGAAGUGAUUGCUGAUAUUGCUCUGUGCCCAUUUGAGGCAGUGAAGGUCCGUGUUCAGACACAGCCUGGUUUUGCUAGGGGUUUGGGUGAUGGCCUUCCCAAGUUUGUCAAGUCGGAGGGUGCUCUAGGUUUGUACAAGGGGCUGGUUCCUCUCUGGGGGCGUCAAAUUCCAUACACAAUGAUGAAGUUUGCAUCGUUUGAGACAAUUGUGGAGAUGAUUUACAAGUAUGCAGUCCCUAGACCUAAAAGUGAGUGCAGCAAAGAAUUACAGCUUGGCAUCAGCUUUGCAGGGGGUUACGUUGCUGGCGUGUUCUGUGCUAUUGUGUCGCAUCCUGCUGAUAAUCUUGUAUCCUUCCUGAACAAUGCGAAGGGUGCCACUGUAGGAGAUGCUGUGAAGAAGAUUGGUUUAGUGGGCCUAUUCACUCGUGGGCUUCCUCUACGUAUCGUCAUGAUUGGAACUCUAACAGGAGCCCAAUGGGGAAUCUAUGACGCUUUCAAAGUUUUUGUUGGACUGCCAACUACUGGUGGUGCUGCACCUGUUGCUCCUGCUGCUAGUGAGGUUUCAAAAGAGUAGAUCAACUGGAGGCUUUUAAAUUGGAACUGUCAAAGUUUUGACCCCGAAGGGAUGCUAAAUAUUUAUACUUAUUUCAUCGUAUUAUUGUUGAAACAUGAAUCAUUUUUGUUGGAGUGUUUUUAUUUUGUAGGGUCAGUAAUAUAAUCCUUGGAAUCCAGGGAACGUAAUAGAAUAGAUACAGAGUCCCCUUUUGUUAUUAAAAGACUGCCCCUCCUGUUGGAAGAGGACAAAGUAAUAAUGAACAAUUAAGGGUUAUAGCUGGUUCUGUAUCUAUAUUUGACAUUGGUAUUUGGUAGUACUAUAAAGUUAUGCAGGUUGCGCUUCAUUUUGUUAAA